AUGUGUCGAAGGCGUCCCAUCAUCGCCAUUUCCAGCUACAGCAUUGAGCCCUACGGAGACGGCACGGACGCCCCAGUCUGCACCACAGCGGCCGAUGGCUUCUGGCCCAUCUUCUACUUUGUGGGCAGCAUUACGCUGUUUUUCUUUCUGCCCUUCGGCAUACUCCUGCUGCUGUACGCGGCCAUUGCCUACAAGCUGCUGCGGCCAAAUAAUGCCUUUCAUAGGCCCACCUCGCCGCAGCCGCAGCCGCAGCCACAGCCGGGCACGGGCACGGGCACCGCGACACCCAGCACCAAGGGCAACAGCCAUCAGCAGAGCAAUGGCAUGAGGAAGCACCGCAAGCAGGUGAUUUUCAUGCUGGUGGCCGUCGUCUCCAGUUUCUUUGUGUGUCUGCUGCCCUUCCGUGCAUUCACGCUGUGGGUGAUCAUGGCCAGCGCCGAGGAUGUGGAGCGGCUGGGCAUCUCAGGCUACUACAAUCUGCUGUACUUCUCGCGCUUCAUGCUGUACCUAAACUCGGCCAUGAAUCCGAUCCUCUACAACCUGAUGUCGUCCAAGUUUCGCAGUGGCUUUUGGCGGCUGCUGCUCACAUGCCUGGGGCAGAGGCCGAGUCAUCAUCAUCGCCACCAUCAUCACAUGCAGAGGAAGCAUGCGACGGCAGGCGGCAGCAUGCGAAACACCUCCCGCAGACAGGCCAAUGAUGCCGACGAGGCUGCCACUUUGGCUGGGGGUGGCACCAGCUCUCGACCGCCUCACCGCACUCUGCGUCGCGAGGCCACAUUUCUGAUCAACUCCAUAUCCACCUCGUCGGGCACGGAGCGCACAACCUCAUCCUCUACCUGGCGCAGCAAUAGUCUGUCCAUUUCCGGACUAGGCGAGCGCGAACGCGGCAUCCUGGGUGCCGCCAUCAUAGGAACCACAGCGGCCACGGUGACAACCGCUUGUCUGCAGGAGCGACAAAGCAGCAAAACCUGA